AUGCCGCCGCGCCUCUCCCUCCUCCGCCGCCUCUCCACCCGCCGGGACACCAACCUCGCCGCCCUCCUCGGCGUCCUCCGGUCACCACAGGCUUCAUCUACGCCGCUCCCGCACGCCCUCUCCCGCGCCUUCCCGUCUCCGGCAGACGCGUUUCCCCUGCACACGCUCCCCGAUCUCCUCCCGCGCCUCCCCUCCCCGCUCCUCUCCCUCCGGUUCCUCCUCUGGCGUCUGCCCCCUUCCCCGCCGCUACCCUCCCCGCACACCCUCUCCUCGGUCGCCGCCUCGCUCCCGGACCUCCCCUCCGCCGUGCCCCUCCUCCUCUCCACCUCCCAGCGCCCGCUGCCCCUCCCGCACUACGCCCUCCUCCUCGCCAUCUCCGCCCAUGCCGGCCUCUUCCCCGUCUCCCUUGCCAUCCUCCGCCACAUGCGCUCCUUCACCAUCUCGCCCGACGUGGCCUGCUUCCACUCCGCCCUCCGCGUCGCGGGCUCGCCCGGCGACGUCUCCGCCGUUCUGGACAUCAUGUCCACAUCCGGCGUCGACCCGACCGUCCCUCUCAUAGUGACCGCGGUGCAUAAGCUGGCAUACGGGGGCGACUUCGAGGGCGCACGCUGCCUGAUCGACAAAAUGCCCGAGUUUGGGUGCGUGGCCAAUGUGGUGGUUUACACCGCAUUGUUCGACGGGAUGCGCGCGUUCGGAGACGUGGAUGCCGCGAUGGGGCUGCUCGAGGAGAUGGAGGGCGGCGGGCUGGGUGCCGGGUGUGCCCCCAACGUGGUGUCCUACACGUGUUUGGUGAAAUGCCUCUGCGAAAGGGGGAGAAUGGUGGAGGCUCUCAGCGUGCUGGAUAGGAUGGUGGCUAGAGGGGUGAUGCCGAACCGCGUGUUUGUGCGGACGCUGGUCGAUGGGUUUUGCGCGGCCGGAGGGGAUGGCUCGCUUGACAGCGCGUAUGAUGUGGUGGAGCGUUUGGUCGUCGACGGAGCUUUGUCGAGCGGGCAGUGCUACAAUGUCCUUCUGGUUGCCUUGUCCGGGGCUGGGAUGGCAGGGGAAGCUGAAGGGCUCGCACAGAGGAUGAUGAAGAAAGGGGUGCAGCUGAGCCCGCUCGGGGGAAGUGCAAUGGUCAGGGAGCUCUGCAGGGGCAAAAGGUGGUUGGAUGCUUGCUAUUGGUUGAGACUGAUGGAUGACGAUGGGGUGCUCUGCGACUCUCAUGUUUAUGCUAGUGUGUUGCUUGGGCUGUCUGCGGAGGGGCAUGUCCUUGAAGCCUCGGCGUUGGCGAGGAAGGUCAUCCAUAGGGGAAUACUCAUUAAGUCUCCAUGCGCUGAUUGUUUGGUGCAGUUACUGAGGCAGCAUGGUGAUGAGGAGCUAGCAUCACAUAUAUUAGGACUGAGCAGAUCCCCUGAAGGGAUGUCGCUUUGAGUUAAUGUGUGGUUCUUUUCCCAAUUCUUGUAGAAGAUUAUGUGAAGAAGAAGAAUAUUGGCUACCCUUCCUUGGAGAUUGGAGAGUUUAUUUUUGUACUGUAACAUUUUCAUGAGCAGAUUGCACAAUCUGAUGUUGUUUGUAGAGCAGAGAGAUCACCAUGUUAUUAUUUUUCAAAGCUCUUACAGCAAGUCUAGACAUCUGGAAAGCAGAGGGAAGCACAUCACAUCAAUUAGAAGAAUACCUUCACCAGGACGGUGAGUCAUCCUGGAAAUAUCUUUCAAAGUAGGGAUCAUUAGUUAAAGCCGGAGCAAGGUCCAGCAGUGUGGAGUGGCUGCUUCACAAGGUCCUCAACUCAUCAUUUGCUCUGGUACUACGGGUUUUCUGCAUCCUUGUUUGCCACAAGCUGAACAAAAUCAAAGAGAGGGGAUGGAGGGAUGGAGUUAGCGAAAGCAAGUUUACUCAGGGCAUAAACAUCAAACUUGAACAGAUCAUUGAGGCAUGCUGGUUCCUUGAUGAGAAGUGGGAGCCUAGCUCACACCUUGCCCAGAAAAACAAUCAUUCCAAACUCUUCAGAUUUAUCUUCAGAGAAUUUUACUCCCGGUAAACUUUAUUGAGCUAUGGACAAAGUCUUAGUUUUUUUAUGGAGUGAACCAUCCUAAGAAUUUGGACUUUCUACAUCUGUGCACAC